CACCUACCCAAAGAGGAACUGUGGCUCGCUCCCAAGCUGAACAGCAUAAAGCGCGGCCCAUCGCCGUACCCUUUCCCCCAUCUUUGCUCCCGACCAUCAUCAUCACGCGCUGCAAGUGACCCAUACCCCUCCCGUAUCCUAAGACUACACAUCCUCCUCAGACGUUCAGUUCUUAGCUAUGGCAGCACGAUCUAUUGUAGCGUUUGCAUGUGCUCCGACCACGUUCCGUGACGCGUUGGACGCGUUGAAGGAGUCCGUCAGGGCUUUCUUCCCCCCCAAGGCCUCGUGCCACACUCCUCCGGCAUACACUUUCACUGCACAGACGCGGCCGGACGCGUCGACUGACAUGGACGCCGAAAACGCGUCGGUUCCACAUUUGUCGGGGGCCGUCGUUGUCGCGUCUGUUGGCCUCGGCCAUACUUCCUCCUCCAACCUAGGCCGCCACCAACAAUUCCUUAGGCUUCUGCACGUUGCCUACCCCUCGCCGUCCACGCUCUUCCCUGUCCCGGUGCUCGACAACGUCGAGAUGGCGUUCGACUUGACCAUAGACGAAGACAGGCCACGACUCAACGCGACCAGGUCUACCGCACGGCUCUCCUCGACAUCCUCGGAUACCAACGACGCUGAGCAACCGAAGACCGUGGUCAGUGUCGGCGGGAAUGUCGCCCCUUCAUCUCCGCGUCUCUCCGGCCAGUCGUCCUCGUCCUCCGACUCUGAUCCUCCCUUCGAGUGCUUGACGCCGGCGCUCGCCACGGACGUCCAGCUGCACGAUGGGAAGGCCGCCGUCUCGCAAGCACCCCUUCUCACUGACGUCGCCUCACCGACGAACGGCACCGACUCGACGCACGCACCCCAUGUAGCACUUCAAGGACAGACACCCUUCGUCUACGACGGCCAAGACGAGCAGGAGAGCUGCGUCGAGCCACUCAUCGCUGACGCCGCGGACUCGAAUGGCCAGAGCGGAGACGCUGUCCUGCAGGCCAAAGACGAAGGCACGGCCGAUGAAUGCACACUCUGCGAUGCCGACGCCGACUCCGGGGAUGAGACAAUCGCCCGCGAACCCAUGGAACCACUCGACGAAGCCGAGGACACAAACUCGGGCAACACGGAUGAUGAGCCAGAGGAGCCCAUCGUUUUCUCGAGCCCGUCUACUGGCGAUCAAUACACAGUCAAGGGCGUCAUCGGCGCCGGCGGGUUUGGGCGUGUCUCUGAAGUAACGAACCACUACGGGCAGCACUUCGCCGUCAAGGUCAUAUGCAAACGGGACGCGUACAAGAGUAUGUCCGUGGCACGCGAGAUGCUUCUGCAUGAGAAGGACAUCAUGGCGGUAAUAGCGGUAAACCAAUGGCCGGGGAUGAUGGGGCUGCUCGACAGCUGGGAGGAUAAGAACAACAUUUACUUCGUCAUGGAAUUGUGUCGUUCCAGCUUGACUUUAUAUCUGUACUGCAAGGCCCGGUGGGCCCAGAUAGAUCACUUGCGCACACAAUCGUUUUGGCUGCAGAUGAAGGAAACGGAACUAUUCUAUUGUGCGGAGAUGCUCAUUUCGGUGUGGCAGCUACACCGUGUCACGAUCGUGCAUAGAGAUAUCAAACCGGAGAACAUCCUCCUCGACCAACACGGCCGAUGCACGUUCGCCGACUUCGGCCUAGCGCUGGUUAGCACGACCGGCCAGUCCAUCGAGGAGGUCACGUCAUCCCACGUCGUCGGCACUGAGGAGUUCCUCGCGCCAGAGCAGCAUCUCGGCCUCGAGCAUGGGUACAAGGUUGACAUCUGGCAGCUCGGCUGCGUCUGGAUCGAGCUCCUCGCGAACCUGGACAGGUCCUGGAACAGGAGUUGUGGCUUUGAAUGGAGCUACAAGACGUUCCAGGAGAGAGGCACUCGAGGUAAACUGCGCGAGAGCGUCAUCAAGCUUCUCGAUGGUCAUCCGGCGCUGGAUCUUCUCUUAUGUAUGACGGAGCCCGAUCCCGCCAAUCGUCCCACCACUGAAGAGAUUAUGAGCCACCCAUGGUUCGCUGGCAUCAAUUGGGAUACCCUGUUCGAGGAGCCCGGUAUCGCCCAACACAAGCAUUUCUUCCUGCCGGAGUACAGCAAGCCGGGCGCUUCGUCUCCCCGUUUCUCCACCCGCGAGGCAGUCAGGACAUCACACAUGAUGUUCCAGAAGGAGCGGUCCACGGAAGAGAAGCACGCCCGGUCCUUCAUGGAGGACCAACUCAGGAUGUUCGAUGUCGAGCCGCGUGCGUUCAGCUGGCCGAACGACGACGCAUGAUAAUGUGGCCCUUGGUUCGUACCGCGCUUCACCAGGCAUCAACAUCUCCCUAGAGAUCUGGAGAUCCCUCCAACGACACAGCGCUGCUGCACAUCGUAUGCAUC